AUGCUCGCGCUGGUACUAGAUGAGGUCCUCAACUACGAACCUCCAAUCAAAGGCACACCAGAUGCCGGUGACGAUACCGCAGCUAAUCUGACCGGGAUGGGGCAGGGAUUCUUCGAUAUGCCCAUGACCGAGGGGCUGGAACCUAUACCGACAGAGUCCUCCGACUUUCUGAACUGGCUAGACAAUGCAACGUGGAAUAAUGCGGACUUGUUCUGA